UGCCGGGAUCAUGGAGUUCCCUUUCGAUGUGGACGUGAUAUUUGGGGAGCGGAUCACGACCGUGGAUCAGCACUUGCAACCAUCCGGGCGAAGGGGGCCCGGGUUCGCCACGACCCACAGAGUGGAUCUGCAGCAGCAGCUCAUGAUGAUCAUCGAUGAGAUGGGCAAGGCUUCUGCCAAGGUAAGUCAGGAUUUGGGGCUGGAGGUUUACAAGGGCAAGGAGGUGGAGCAGCAAGAGCCGCUGCUGUCAUCUGUGAGUCACGUGAUGCUCCAUUAUGCUGAGCCUAACUUCAGAUGCAUUUCGCCCAGUAUCCUCUACUCUGACCGGCAGCAGCACUCUGAGCUUUCAGCCGCAGCCUUGGAGUUCAUAGCUUCCCUUCCAGCCCUGUUGUUAAUGCUGGAUUUGUGCCAUGGCGGUCUGAGUUCCAAUCCCAGCUCAGCUGUGAGUACCAGCCAGGAGAAUGAGGAAAGAAGGGCAAAGGUGAUCAUGAGCUUAUUCACGGGGAAGGAAAAACUGGACAAAUCCAGCAUGAGCUUUAGGGCUAGAACCGGGAAGGGGGUCGUGAUUGGCUUCCUCAAGGUUGGAUACAAGAAACUCUUUGUACUGGAUCGCCACGGCGCUCACAAUGAAAUGGAUCCCCUGUGCGUCCUGGACUUCUACAUUCAUGAAUCCCUCCAGAGGCAUGGCUAUGGCAAGGAGCUCUUCCACUACAUGUUGCAGCAAGAGCGAGUGGAGCCCCACCAGUUGGCCGUGGACCGCCCCUCAGAGAAACUCCUGUGCUUCCUCCGGAAACACUACAGUCUCUGUGACACUAUCCCCCAGGUGAACAACUUUGUGAUUUUCCAGGGCUUCUUCAGCCACCGGCAUGCUCCAGCGAGGAAGUUGCCUCCCAAGCGUCCGGAGGAAGACAUAAAACCUUACUCCCUGUCAGACCGAGAGUUUCUCAAGGAAGAAGUUGAGCCACCGUGGCCGUUCAACCAGUCUCGCUCACUGACCCGCUCUAGCAGCGUGGGGAACUCCCCGGUACGGGGCUGUCUCAAACCUUUCCUCAAUGAGCAGGAGCUGCUGAAGAACUUGCGCCUCUGCCCCCCGCACUCGACUGCCCACCUCCUGAUGAACGGGGAGCCCGGUGACCCCACUUCACAGAGGCGGAGAACGAGGACGAGCCCUCAAAAGGAUGCCAUGAUGGCUCAGAAGUGUUCUUACAGCCGCUUUGAGAACGCUGCCCUGAUUCUUGAAGACCCUGAGGAAAGAGCAAGUGACUCAAAGAUCCUCCUCCACUCCCCAAGGAAGGCUGAGGAAUCAGAAAGCCACAGGUCAGGCACCGCCACUGCCAGUCAUUCACACCAGCUAGAACCAGCUGCCCUUGGACAUUCGGAAGAUGCUGGCCAUCCUCCGGAAGAAUCCUCUUGCCCCAAGAUGGACCCCCAAACUCUUGCUGCUCCUGAACGGACUAAAAGCCCCGACGCUUCAGCUGCUGCACUGACCCAGUCCUCCAGUCAAAGUGACCCAUGUGUGGCUCACCUCUCUCGGAAGCAGAAUUGGUACAAUCUGGUCAGGAGCCCACAGCAGAUCAUGCCCAUGUGGACAGUGGCGGGAGGGCCCUACGAAGCCAAAAGGAUCGGCCACAUGUACCUGCAUCGCAAUACCAGACCUUGGUGACAGGGAACGGCAUGUUAUCGUGGCUAGAGCGCCAAGCCAAUAAUGAACAGUCAUCAGUCCAGGGAAGAACAAUGACUCUCCUUAACAAGACUUUUUGCCAUCAGAAUGGCUUGGACUAAACCAUUUAACCUGGAGCCCCACCCAUUACUAGGCUGAACUCCUGUGCCAUUUCCUUCUCCCCCUUUCCCUGUUGCCUUGAAUCAAACCAGGUAGAAGCAUAUUAUUCAAUAUAUCCGUCUUGCUGAUCCUCUGUAUCACGUGGUAACUCCUAAUUUAUUUUCCCCCAUUUCCCUCUUUUGAUCAGUUAGGAAAUCUGUUUGCUUCAUCUUUUGAUGUUAGUGUUGAAAGGAAAAUGCACCUGAGCUCUCUGUAUUUCAAAUAUGGACUUGAAUUCCAUAUACUAAAAGUCUUCUUUCUCAAAAAAACAAAAAAACAAACCACCACCACCCAUCUAAAGUUCACGGCAUUCCAACACUGAUUUUGCAAUUUGCCAAUUGCAUGUUGCCAAUGAUUCCU